AUGCCGUCGCGACGCCCCCAUACAAAAUCCCGAGCUGGCUGCAAGAGAUGCAAGGAGAAGCAUAUCAAGUGCGAUGAGGCCCAGCCUGUUUGCGGCGCCUGCGCCAGAUAUAACGUGCCCUGUGUUCCGAAGCCGUCGAGAUCCAGGGCCAAGCCUGCCAGCUCAGCACAGUCCCAGCCAUCAGUAUCGCCAGGCCCUAUACAAGGUGCAGAGUCCAGGUCUUCAAUUACAGUCUGGGAAUUCGGCCUGCUGCACCACUGGAUCCUGCACGUAGCGGACUCGUUCAACGUCAGCCGCGGGUUCUGCGAUGCCUGGCGCAACCAUGCCAUCAAAGACGCCGUCCAGCACGACUUCUUCCUACACAUGAUCCUGAUGCUGUCUUGUCUGCACCUAGCCCUAACAAAGUCGCCAUCUUUCACUGAAGCACACCGCGCCUUCAUCUUAGAAGGUUGCUCGGUCGCAACGGCGCGCUUCCGCAUCGAAGCCGGAAACAUCAACGACUCCAACUGCCAGGUCGUCCGAGGCUUCCCUUUCCUGCUCUCCAUCUACGGAUUCGCAUUAGGGCAGCUCGAUUGUGAGGAUAAAAGCGACGAGGCAGUCCUCGAUGAGAUGAUUCACAUAUUGAUCCUCAUCAAGGGCAACAGUCUGAUCCGUGACACCACGAACCCCUGGAUGCAACUCCGUGGACUCGAGGCCUGGAUGGACGAAAAGGACGUCUUCACCAACGACCCGAAUGAACUCCAAUCCGACCUCGAUCUCGUGCGUGCAGUGGGCGAUCUAGAGCGCUGGAUAGACUCGUCCGAUGACGACCUGGCCGUGAAAGCAAGCAACACCAACACCGUCAACCUGUUCAAGGGCGCUCUUGACUUUCACCUCAAGCUGAAUCUCCGGCCGCUUGCAUGGCCGAACGUCAUUCAGAAUGAUUAUCUGGAUUUACUCCGACAGCGAAACCCCAUGGCCAUGGUUAUCCUGGCCCACUACGCUGUGAUUCUGGGGCAGUGUAGCUCGCAGUGGUGGUGUUCUAACUGGGGAGUCCAGCUGGUGUCUGUUAUUGCCUCCCUCCUGCCGGAGAAGUAUACAGGGGCCAUGGCCUAUCCGCGUCGUAUGUUGAAUUUAAACCCUGAUAGGCAAUGA